CAUCCAUUAUCCAAGAAGACCAAGACCCAACUUUUCCUUUUUCUCUUCCAAGAAAAUCAGGAACUGAAGAAUCCAAGAGGAAUGAUGGACUACAUUUGGUGAUAAAAGCACUCGAUGACGAUGAUGAGUUCAUGGAGCCAAACCAGAUUCUGUCAUUGCGGACCACUACAACUGAUCCCGAACAUUUGAAGGUCAUUCAGUGGGAGGACUUCCAGCACGAUCUCGCGAGGUUGGCGAGUCUCUCUUCAGCACUGGGAGAAUCGAACGAGAAGAAGCGCGACCUUCACCGCAAGCUGGAGUCUCUCAUCCAGGCCAAUGGUGAAUCAUUAGGUCGGUUGAAUGAACUUGAGGAGAUGCGCCAAAGAUUAGAAUCAAAGAAAGUGAUGAUGGAAAAUAUGUCUAUACGUUCUAGGCUUGCUAAGGAGGAUGCUAGCAAGCAGGAAGAGCAGCUUAGUGGUGCAGUGCAAUCGCUUCUGGUUGCAGGGGGUGCUCUUUCUGUAUGCAGGAGAAACCUCCAAGAAUCAAGCAGAUUACUGUCUGAAGAAAAUGGUUAUGUUCAUAUGAGAAAAAUGCAAAAGGUGCUGCGGAGGAGGCAACAACAUAUGACAUCUCAAAUUUCAAUGCUCUAUCCUGUGAAGAUCUUGGUUGGACCAGCACAAAAGCAAGAGCUUGAGGCAUAUCCUUCGAGUAACCUAGCAGGAACUUCUGCUGGACUUAAACCAGUUAAUGAAGGAUCCUUAACGAUUCGUGGCCUGCAUUUGAAUGUGCCAUCUUUUAGGAAAAUGAGCUUUUUCACUGAUAAAAAGGAAAUUCAGGUGUCUGCUACUGCCCUAGGAUAUGUUGCACAUGCUGUUUCACUUAUAGCCUCUUACUUGCAAGUUCCUUUGCGAUAUCCUUUACGGUUGUGUGCUUCUCAUUCAUAUAUCCUUGACAAUGCACCUUCAACAGAGCUAACAUCUGAAGCUUCACCAAAUGCAAACACAAAUGCCAAGCAUGUGGAAUUUCCCCUUUUUUUAGAAGGUCAAGACACAACAAGAGCAGCUUACGCUGUAUUCUUACUAAAUAAGGAUUUAGAACAGCUUUUGAAUUUCAUUGGUGCAAAGAGUUUGGGACCGCGCCAUGUACUUGCUAAUUUGAGGGAGCUCUAUAGGAUUAUCCAGGCUUCAGCUUUUAUAGAUAACUUGAUAUAGUGGUUUUGUCUCUACUGUAAUUUCCUUGUGAUUCGAUUUUUUAAAUAUCCUUACCAGGGUGCAAUUUUUUUGGUGCACCUUCCAAUGUAGCAUCAUUAUCAAAAUGGAACUUCCUAUAAUGGAUUUCGUAUUCUGUAAAAAAGAGAUACAGUACUGCCAAAAAAGUAGUGUUAUUUGAGCAUAUUAUAAUUGCCGAAUGCAGAGAUAUAUUGUAUAAGAACUAGUGGAGAAUGGCAUGCAGUUUUAAACCUUUUGCUUAAAACAUGAAACAGGUACGAUGAAAUUCCCUCUUAGGAUGAGAAAAGGAGAUGCAGUGAUUUUUCAAAUUUUGAUGGUUUUAUAACGUCGUGUGAGUAGUUUAUUUGAUUUAUUUCUUUUAGCUCGUGUUAGCAAGAGGUGUCCAGAUUUGCAGCUUGACAAUAGAGCCAAUACUGAUACAAGGCCUAUUAGCACCACAGUGACCAAAAGGGAGAGUAAGAAAUCACAAUAUCUUAUGGACUAUCAACUUUGAAGAAAAAGGAAUUUGAGAGAAUCAUAUUAUAAAGAUAUUUUGGUGGAAUGUCAAUUACUCAUGGGUUCUAUUAAGGGAAUAUUUUUUGGUAGUUUUUAUUUUCUUUAAAUGCGGUUAGUUAAUGAUUGGCAAUAAGUACUUCCUUAUUUUGGCAGAAUGAAUGAAAAAGGGGAUCUUGGAAAAAUUAUUUCUCCUUCCUUAUCUCUCAAAUUUCUAGGAGGUUGUCUUGACCUCAAAUCAAUGUAGUUAUUUCUCUUA